CUUCCUACUCCUACACAACAUGAGUUAACAUAUGCUGACAGAGUUAGCGAGGCGAGAGAAGGCAGCAAACAUCAAGCCUGACGCUGAUAUCGAUGCGUUUAUGAAGGCAUCUUCAAUGGGUGGACUGGAGGCCAAUGUGAAUACAGACUAUAUACUGAAGAUAUUAGGACUAGAGAUGUGUGCAGACACGAUGGUAGGAGACGAGAUGCUGAGGGGCAUCUCGGGUGGACAACGGAAGCGUGUUACAACUGGUGAGAUGCUGGUUGGGCCAGCCAAGGCGCUCUUCAUGGACGAGAUCUCAAAUGGCCUCGAUAGCUCCACUACCUUCCAGAUUGUAAACUCGCUCAGGCAGUCUGUCCACAUUCUUGGUGGCACAGCCGUCAUCUCCCUGCUGCAGCCAGCCCCUGAAACGUACAACUUAUUCGACGACAUCAUCCUCCUCUCAGAUGGACAGAUCGUGUACCAGGGCCCUCGUGAGGAUGUGCUUGAAUUCUUCGAGUCUGUGGGGUUCAAGUGUCCUGAGAGGAAGGGUGUCGCUGACUUCUUGCAAGAGGUCACUUCCAAGAAAGAUCAAAAGCAAUAUUGGGAGCGGCGCAAUGAGCCCUACCGUUUCAUGCCGGUUUCAGACUUUGUGCGUGCGUUCCAGUCAUUCCACGUAGGGAGAGCUAUAAGAAAUGAGCUCGCUGUGCCAUUCGACAAGAGCACGAGCCAUCCAGCAGCUUUGACAACCGCGAGGUAUGGUGUGAGUGGUAGGGAGCUUCUGAAGGUGAACAUUGACAGGGAGAUCCUCCUCAUGAAGAGGAACGCUUUUAUCUACGUGUUCAGAAUCUUCCAGCUGAUCCUCAAUUCAUGUAUUGUAAUGACGCUCUUCUUCCGUACGAAUAUGAAGCACGACUCCGUGGCUGAUGGGGGCAUCUACAUGGGGGCACUCUUCUUUGGUGUGCUCAUGAUCAUGUUCAAUGGCUUCUCUGAGCUUGCACUUACUCUCUUUAAGCUGCCUGUGUUCUUCAAGCAGAGGGACCUUCUUUUCUACCCAGCAUGGGCCUACGCAAUACCCUCAUGGAUCCUCAAGAUCCCAAUAACAUUUGUUGAGGUCGGUGGCUAUGUUUUCAUAACGUACUAUGUCAUGGGGUUUGACCCAAAUGUAGGCAGGUUCUUCAAGAAUUAUCUGCUUAUGUUAGCAGUCAGUCAGAUGUCAGAGUCACUCUUUCGAUUCAUCGCCGGGGCAGCGAGGAACAUGACCGUUGCAAAUUUCUUUGGACCAUUUGUCGUUCUAAUUUUUAUGGUUUUGGGCGGGUUCAUUCUAGUAAGAGAACAAGUGAAGAAAUGGUGGAUUUGGGGCUAUUGGAUAUCCCCACUAAUGUACGCGCAAAAUGCCAUCUCAGUGAAUGAGUUCUUGGGUCACAGCUGGGACAAAAUCUUGGAUAGCACCGCCUCUAAUGAGACUCUCGGUGUGCAAAUCCUCAAGUCGCGUGGAGUGUUCCCAGAAGCGAGGUGGUACUGGAUUGGUUUGGGUGCAUUGCUCGGAUUCACCUUGUUAUUCAACGCUCUCUUCACUCUUGCCCUUACAUACCUUAAGACAUAUGGUAACUCACGUCCGUCGGUAUCUGAAGUUGAGCUAAAGGAGAAGCAUGCCAAUAUUUAUGGUGAGGUUAUGAACAAUGAUCACUUGGAUUCACUUAGCACUCAUGGGCCAACGACAGUUGUUUCAGAGGAUACUAGACCAGUGGGAAGGGGAAUGGUGCUUCCAUUUAUCCCGCUUUCACUCGUGUUUGAUAACAUCAGAUACUCUGUUGACAUGCCACCGGAAAUGAAAGAACAAGGAGUAGUAGAAGACCGACUGGAGCUACUCAAAGGUGUUAGUGGAUCUUUCAGGCCAGGCGUACUAACUGCACUGAUGGGUAUUAGUGGUGCUGGCAAGACUACUCUGAUGGAUGUGUUGGCGGGGAGAAAGACAACGGGGUACAUUGAAGGAAACAUAAGCAUUUCAGGAUAUCCAAAGAAACAAGAGACCUUUGCGCGUAUAUCAGGAUACUGCGAACAGAACGAUAUCCACUCUCCGCAUGUCACCGUCUACGAGUCUCUGCUUUUUUCAGCAUGGCUCCGUCUUCCGGAGGAUGUAGAUUCAAACAAAAGAAAGAUGUUCAUCGAUGAGGUGAUGGAGCUUGUGGAGCUCAAACCUCUGAGAGAUGCAUUGGUUGGUCUACCUGGAGUGAGUGGUCUGUCGACUGAGCAGAGGAAGAGGCUGACCAUUGCUGUUGAGCUCGUUGCUAAUCCUUCUAUCAUCUUCAUGGAUGAGCCAACCUCCGGACUUGAUGCCCGAGCAGCUGCAAUCGUGAUGAGGACAGUGAGGAACACCGUUGAUACUGGUAGAACUGUCGUCUGCACGAUUCAUCAACCUAGCAUUGACAUAUUUGAAGCAUUUGAUGAGCUUCUAUUGAUGAAGCGAGGUGGAGAAGAGAUCUAUGCUGGUCCGUUGGGCCAUCAUUCUUGCGAGUUAAUCAAGUACUAUGAGGGAAUUCAAGGAGUCAGUAAAAUUAAAGGUGGCUACAAUCCGGCAACAUGGAUGUUAGAAGUGACAACAGUCGGUCAAGAACAGAUGCUAGGUGUUGAUUUCAGCAACAUAUACAAGAAUUCUGAACUUUACCAGAAGAACAAGGCUUUGAUAAAGGAACUAAGCCAACCUGCGCCGGGUUCAAGUGACCUGUAUUUCCCUAGGCAGUACUCACAGUCGUCGAUCAAACAAUGUGUGGCUUGCCUGUGGAAGCAGAACAAGUCAUACUGGAGGAACCCUCCUUACAAUGCUAUUAGGUUCAUUUUCACAACCAUCAUUGCUGUUCUCUUCGGCACCAUCUUUUGGGACCUUGGUGGCAAAGUGAGAAAGCCACAAGACUUGUUCAAUGCCAUGGGGUCUAUGUAUGCUGCAGUACUGUUCAUCGGUGUCAUGAACUGUAGUUCGGUUCAGCCCGUGGUGGCUGUGGAGAGGACUGUCUUUUACCGUGAAAGAGCAGCCGGCAUGUACUCAGCCUUCCCAUAUGCAUUUGGCCAGGUUGUCAUUGAGCUCCCAUACACACUUGUUCAGGCUACCGUAUAUGGAGUCAUAGUUUACUCAAUGAUCGGGUUUGAGUGGACGGCUCCCAAAUUCUUCUGGUACCUCUUCUUCAUGUACUUCACGCUACUCUACUUCUCAUUCUACGGCAUGAUGGUUGUCGGCCUCACGCCGCAUCACCACAUCUCCUCGAUUGUUUCGUCCAUGUUCUAUGCCAUCUGGAAUCUCUUCUCCGGGUUCAUCAUCCCUCGACCGAAAGUGCCCAUCUGGUGGAGAUGGUACUGCUGGUUAUGCCCCGUUGCCUGGACGCUCUACGGGCUGGUCGUAUCGCAGUUUGGUGAUGUCAUGACGCCGAUGGAUGAUGGCGUUCUCGUGAAAGACUUCAUAGAGGACUACUUUGACUUCAAGCACAGCUGGUUAGGCUAUGUGGCUGCAGUGGUUGUGGCGUUCGGGGUGCUAUUUGCCUUCUUGUUUGGCUUUGCCAUCGCCAAGCUCAACUUCCAGAAGAGGUGACAAGUUAAUGGCUAUAAGAAUCAUUGCCUAGAAAGAAAUUGCAUUAGUUGGGUCGCAACUAUGAGCCGAUAUGUGCAUACUGUUUGACCACAUGGAGUGGUUUAGGUUCAUUAGUUAUCUCUUGUACAUCACAGAGGCCUUUUAUUUUCUCAUGCGUUUGAAGUACUGUCUGAAGCUGGGAACUAGACAGAAAUUGACGUUUGAUACCGGGUGCAUAUGCUCCCUUUCCGAAGAACACAUUUCAAAUUGUUAAAACAGAACACGUUUCAAAUUGUUAAAACAGAAUACCUUUCAAAUUA